AUGCGGUUCUUUCCUAUUGUGGCCUUCAGCCUGAGUGUCGGUACCAGUCUUGCAGCAUGUCCGUAUGCUGAUAAAGCAGCUGCACGCCCUGACUGCCCCUAUGCGUCCAUCGGGAAGAACAAGCUUGCGCAAUAUGGAAACGAAACGAAUCGUACCUCUCCUUCCGCCGACAAGAAGGGCGUCUUCUACUUCAACCGCAUCGCGCCUUCCGGGUCUCAAUUGUGGAUUUCGAACGCCGAUGGAAGCAAUGCUACGAAGUUGAUGAGCAACCAAACGGCCCCCUUUGAUUAUCACGCCUCAUGGUCUUCCGACGGUCAGAGAAUUAUCUUCACCAGCGAAAGACGCGCUGAUGGCCAGUCCGACCUGUACUUAGUCAAUACGGAUGGUACAGAGCUUACCGAAUUGGUCUCCAGCGACUCGUUUGAAGAUAUCGGAGGUCUGUCGCCCGACGGCAACAAGCUUGCCUAUGUGUCGACAGCCAUCAAUUACACGACAAACAUCUUUGUCAAGGAUCUUCACACCGGUAUCUCCAUCAAUGUCACAGGCAGUGACGAAAGCGUUGGCAGUUUCGUGGGCCCUCACAGCUUUUUCCGCCCGUCUUGGUCUCCUGACGGCCACUGGAUUACCUUCAGCUCUGAUGCAGGCACUCAGUGGACUGGCCACAGUGAUGGUACUGGCUGGGAGCAUACUCAAUCACUCGCCGUCUUUGUCGUUCGCCCCGAUGGUAGUGGUUUUCGCAAGGUCAUCGGAGAAGAGAGUCGUUGCCUGGGUACACCGAGAUGGUCGCCCGAUGCAUCACGAAUCGUCUACUACAACAUUUCGACCGAGGAUACGUACGGCGCGCAUGGCACAGUGGCUGGUCAAGAGUUAGCUGUGUUUUCUCAGAUCUUCAGUGUUGAUGUUGCCACUGGCAGCGAUGUUGUCCAGCAUACUUUCGACAACACAUUGAAGGUGUCUCCUGCGUACUUGGGUAACAGCAGCAACAUUGGCUAUCUCGUCAAAGCUGGAACGGAAGCGGGCAUCCACUACACCAGUCCAGAUACUACACACCACUAUAUUAACAGUACUAUGCGCAAUCCGGCAUGGUCCCCGGACGGCAGCAAGGUCGUGUACGAAGUUUAUGAGUGGGGCCAGCGACCCGCCGAGAAGGAGCUGUUCAGCUGGGAUGAAGAGUGGGACUACCGAUUCAUGGACGUGUUCCCUUCGUUCAAUAUUGAGACAGGACGCCUUGCGACUACCGAGAAGCAGCUCGGCAAUGGCUCAUCUUCGAUUGUUCUCACUGGUGCUGAUUAUGCCAAUCUCACCACUGCCUUCGACACUUGGGACAUCAAUGCCUCGGAAGAAUAUGCAGAGCUUUAUGCAAGCGGACUGGCGGGAGCGUUCCAACCUACCUGGACAGCAGAUGGUUCAAAGCUCGCCGCGGGUUUUGGAGUCUGGUUCUUCGAUCGCAUUUUGUAUCCUGGAACUCUUUACUCUUUCGACGCCGACGGCACGGCUACGCAGAACUUGACUGACGGCACAAACAACGCAGGCUUUCCCUCCUUCUCUCCUGACGGCACAAAGCUUGUGUACAGACUCUGGAACGCCACAUAUGGGCCUUUGGGCUUGCACGUGCUAGACAUGGAGACCGGGGACACCACUCAGCUAACUGCUGGCUGGGACAACACACCCGGCUGGUCUCCUGAUGGUGAAUUGAUCGUCUUCACACGUCAAACAAACUGGACUUAUGGCUCGAGCUGGCAAGAGGACCGCUUUGAUAUCUGCACCAUCCGUCCUGACGGCACCGACCUGAAGAUCUUGACCGAGAGCGAAGCAAACGAUGCUCAUGCCGUUUGGAGUUUCGAUGGAAGGAUCAUGUACAGUACAGGCAUGUACGGAUUCCGGGAUGAGAGUGUGAUGUACGACAACACCUUCCAGCCGUACGGGCAGAUUGUUGUGAUGGACAAGGAUGGGCAGAACAAGAAGAUGUUGACGGAUAGCAUGUGGGAGGACAGUAUGCCAUUGUACGUAGAAAGGAAGUUCUUCUAG